GGGCGCAGGCGCAGUGCGGCCCGGCCGCUGUGAGGGGCGGCGCGGAAGGCGGUCGCUGUUCUUCUUCGGCUCCGGUUCUUUCCGCCUCGGUUUCCCUUCCGGCGUGGGCGGCGAUGGGCAGGCUCCUGUGAGGCAGGGGCGCGGGAGGAGCGCCAUGAACCUGCGGGGCCUCUUCCAAGACUUCAACCCCAGCAAAUUUCUUAUCUAUGCCUGCCUGCUGCUGUUCUCAGUUUUGCUUUCUCUCCGUUUGGAUGACAAGAUUCAGUGGAGCUAUUGGGCAGUGUUUGCUCCAAUAUGGCUAUGGAAGUUGAUGGUCAUUGUAGGUGCUUCAGUAGGAACUGGAGUGUGGGCACGAAACCCACAGUAUCGAGCAGAAGGAGAAACGUGCGUGGAGUUCAAAGCCAUGUUAAUUGCAGUCGGCAUCCAUUUGCUCCUUCUGAUGUUUGAAGUGCUGGUUUGCGAUGGAAUUGAAAGAGGAACUCGCUUCUGGCUUCUAGUCUUCAUGCCAUUGUUCUUCGUAUCUCCAGUGUCAGUUGCAGCUUGUGUGUGGGGCUUUCGCCAUGACAGAUCUCUGGAGCUGGAAAUCCUGUGUUCCGUCAAUAUUCUCCAGUUCAUAUUUAUUGCACUCCGUCUGGAUGAAAUUAUCAAGUGGCCAUGGCUUGUUGUCUGUGUCCCUUUGUGGAUCCUCAUGUCUUUUUUGUGUUUGGUUGUACUCUACUACAUUGUCUGGUCUGUCCUGUUCUUGCGUUCCAUGGAUGUAAUUGCUGAACAAAGGAGAACACACAUAACAAUGGCUAUCAGUUGGAUGACAAUCGUGGUCCCAUUGCUCACCUUUGAAAUCCUGCUUGUGCACAGACUGGAUGGACAUAACACAUUCUCCUAUAUACCUAUAUUUGUCCCUCUUUGGCUUUCACUGAUAACCUUAAUGGCAACAACAUUUGGGCAGAAAGGGGGCAAUCAUUGGUGGUUUGGAAUUCGCAAGGACUUCUGUCAAUUCCUGCUUGAAAUAUUCCCCUUCCUGAGAGAGUAUGGCAACAUUUCCUAUGAUCUGCAUCAUGAAGACAAUGACGAGGCGGAAGAAACGCCCAUCCCCGAACCUCCCAAAAUUGCUCCCAUGUUUAGAAAAAAGACUGGCGUGGUUAUUACGCAGAGUCCCGGGAAAUACGUCAUUCCGCCUCCCAAACUAAACAUUGAUAUGCCAGAUUAAAAGUAAGUUUGGAAGCAGCGUGGCACCUCGCCAGGACUACUGACUCUUUCCGUUUCGAAAAUGACUGGGAACCAGUGGCCAACGUGUUUUUAUCUCAUGCCUUUCUUUUGUUAUGAAUCGUGAUUUGUGCCUCAGUGGCUUGUAACAUAGACACAAAGGAGAUAAUGGAGAUUUGUCUUAAUAUCCUUUCCUUGCAUACAAAGUACCAUGGCAGUAAAAUCAAUGAAAAUGCAACAGCUAGGGUAAGGUUCACCUGUGCAAAGUACCUUAUCAGAACGUAUGGAACAGAAUUCACUUUUAUAUCCAGCUGUGAACAAAAUGUCGUGUUUUCCCAAAUGGAUUUGGAGCAUUAUCUUUAUUCUCAUAUCUGUCCACAGUCGCAUGUGGGCAAGACCGACUGAAAUCCGUGGCCUUUAUGCACAUGUCACUCUGGAUUUCAGCCACAAGUGGGCAAGGACGGCUUCUGUUUGUGAAUCUUCCUGACUUGGUUGGAUUAAUGCUUGCCUGUAUAGUAUUUAUAUGAACCUUUGGCAGUGUAAUAUAUUUUAAAAAGUCUGUACAGUAUAAAUAUGUAAAAGUAUUUUUAAAAGGCUGCAUGAAACGCAUAAUCUAUUGUGAAUGACGUGCUUGGUGUUUAUCUGUGCACUUGGCUUCCAUCUCUGUUGGAGCAGCAGAGCCACGUGGUGUUACAUCAGCACGCUUGCCUUUUCGUCCUCCCACGGAACUAGGAACAUCGCCUUUCAAACAUGUCCGCAGGCAGGACUUGGAAGUUCUUUCUCUGUUAAUGGAUCAAAUUACCUUGAUAAAGGUGUGUAAAUUAUUGUGUAAAUGACCACAUUCUUCGUAUUGUCGAGAGGGGGCGGAGGGGAUUGUUUUCCACUUUUGUUAAAAUGUUACUCCUCGGUAAUGCCUAUUUCUCAUCCUCCCACUUUUGGCUGUUGAAUAAAAAGUAUCCUAUAAUCCUUGACGAACA